UUAAAUGUUUCUGUAUAUGUAGUAAGGUUUAUUUACGUAUAAAGUGAAGAGGAAGUAUAAUAAAAAUACAAAUCAAAGAGUGUUGCAAAUAUUAAAAUCUUCUGCCGCAUAAUAAAGUAUAAAAAUAUAUACAUAUUUAAUAAAUAUAUAUUGGAUAAAAAUGGGAAAGCUAGCAUCACAGUUAAAACCUGCAUACUCAAAGCAGCAAAAGCAAUAUGUUUGCAUAAAUUGUGGACAUCCUAUAGCCGAAUUGUAUAGAAAGUAUAGUAACACUGCAAUCAAAACAAAUCAAUGCGAAAAUUGCCACAAAGUGGCGGACAAAUAUAUUGAAUUUGAUCCAAUAAUAAUUCUGGUGGAUGCGAUGCUAUUGUCCCAAGAGUCUUAUAGGCAUAUGCUACAUAACCGUGAUUUUAAGCUGAACUGGAAAUUAUCACUUGUGUUACUGCUGCUAGAGUCUUUCGCGUUAUGGAGACAAAAAGGAAGCACUAAACAGGACGCUUUGCAAAAUGAAAUUAUCAGCGAAAAGGGCUUUUACAUAUGCUGCUUGCAAAAUAUAAUUGAUUACUGCAUUACUACUUUGAUUUUGUUUGCUGUGACCUAUGUACAUAAUCCACGGUUGGUUGAAAGCACUGGUUAUAAUAAAUUUGCUUUAAUUUUAUUAAAAGCGUUGACAAUAGCAAAUUUUUCGAAAAUUUUCCUCCUCCCGCUGAUAGUGUGGCGUGAGAAUACUACAGAUUUGGGUGCCAACAUCCAUCAAAUAUUGGUUAAAGGUCACCAUCUACUUGCUUUGGUUUAUAUUUAUGCCAUUGUUGGAAAUGUUCAAAAGCUGCAAUCAUUUUUCAUUAUAUUGCCCGUGUAUCUAGCAAAGGAGUUUAUUAAGCGCCAUAUGUCUGUAUAUUGGAAUUAUAUUUUUGAAUAAAAAAAGAAAUAUAAUAA